UGCAAAUAAGGACAUUAAUUAUUUAAGAAUUAAAAAUUCAGCCCACUAAUUUUUCAAUUUUCCCAAAAUAAACCCCACCUUGAUAAACACCAGCUUACAGCUUGCCAGGUAGGCGUUCUCAUCCACCUGACUCAGAGAUCCGACGGCUAGUUUGUGAGUCACGUGGCACUGACGCUCUACUUUUAACGGCUGAUAUUUCUCCACGUGUCGUCAUCAGGAAAUUUCGUCCACGUCAACUCAGAUGAGCUAGUUUCCUCGCAGUAGAAUUUCCAAGGUCGAAACUUCUCCUAUAUAAAUGACAGAGCUUUCCGUAUUACAAAAAAAUACUUACUUCUACAACCUUAUGGGAGGUAUGCGGGAGCCCCGACGGUGACCAAACCGCCGAUAAAAUCCACUCGACUAUAAUAUCCGAAGCCAUGUCUGCCCCCUCGACGGACGUCAGUGAUCUGGUCUCCGGGGUCCGAUCGCCGCUUCUCGCCGCGGCGAAGCCCGACCCGGGUCAGAUUUCGAAACCCGAGAGGCUCCGCAUUGACGACAUGCUCCAGAAGUACUGCGGGGAAUUCGGGUGGUGGCAAUUACGCCACUUUGUGUUGACGAGUUUAGCGUGGGCCCUGGAGGCAUUCCACACCAUGGUGAUGAUCUUCGCCGACCGAGAACCUGGUUGGCGCUGCGUGGGGUCGGGUUGCGACGAGGCGGCGAAGAGCGUUUGCGGGCUUAGACCCGGAUCGUGGGAGUGGGUCGGCGGUCCCGGCGGCUCGACGGUUGAGGAGUGGGGCCUGGUUUGCGGCGAGAAAUUCAAGGUCGGACUGGUUCAAGCUAUUUUCUUCGCCGGCUGCAUGAUAGGUGCAGGGACGUUCGGUCAUCUCUCAGAUUCCAGGUUAGGAAGAAAAGGGUCACUAACAGUUGUUUGCAUCUUAAACGCCAUCUUUGGCUGCUUAACUGCAUUUUCCCCAGAUUACUUCAUCUAUCUCCUCCUUCGCUUCCUAACUGGCUUUAGUACCGGCGGAGUUGGCCUCUGCGCCUUCGUUCUAGCCACCGAACCAGUCGGCCCAACCAAACGCGGUGUUGCUGGCAUGUCCACUUUCUACUUCUUCUCUACUGGUAUAGCAAUUCUAUCCGGCAUCGCUUACAUUUUCCGUUCAUGGAGAUCCCUUUACAUCGCCUCCUCCAUCCCCUCCUUGCUCUUCCUCCUCAUCGUCCUCCCUUUCAUCUCGGAGUCUCCACGCUGGUACCUUGUUCGUGGCCGGAUCAAUGAAGCCAUGAAGAUAAUGCGAAAAAUCGCCCAGUACAACGGAUUGAAUCUUCCUGAUGGAGUUGUCCUUGCACUUGACGAAGAGGCCAACGACACUCCAGAUGAACAUCUCACACAGUCCUUUAAAGGAGAAUCAAUGAAGCACGAAGCCAUAACGGGCUCUCUGGUUGAUGUUAUUCAAUCACCCAUUACUCGUUUUCGUUUAUUUCUUACUGUAGGGAUUAACUUCACGUGUUCGGUUGUAUAUUAUGGUCUCAGCUUAAACGUCGUCAACCUCGAAACCAACCUUUACCUCAACGUGCUACUCAACGCCGUAGCAGAGAUGCCAGCAUUCACUAUAACCGCAAUUUUGUUAGAUAAGUUCGGAAGGAAACCGAUGGCGAUCGGGACUCAACUCUUUAGCGGGCUAUUCUGUUUCGUCGGAAGCUUCUUGGGGAGCUCCGGGAUAUGGAAGAUAUUACGAAUGGGGUGUGGAAUUCUUGGGAUAUUCGGCAUGGCAGGGACUUACAACUUACUUUUUAUAUACACAACGGAGUUGUUUCCCACGGUGGUGAGAAACGCAGCGCUAGGUUGCGCGACGCAGGCAGCACAAAUGGGGGCGAUACUGGCACCGUUUGUGGUGGUUUUGGGCGGCGGAUUCCCGUUUAUCGUGUUCGGAGUUUGUGGGGUUUUGGGAGGGUUUCUGGCGUACUACUUGCCAGAGACACUGAACCGGCCGUUGUAUGAUACCAUGGGUGGAAUGGAGUAUGGUGAAGGUGACUGGAGAGUUAAUGUGUGAAGGAAUGUAAGAGAGUUAUUUAGGGUUUUCAGUCUUUACCACCAUCACUUCCACUCUUCUAAAUAAACUUGUCAUGGAGAGUUCAAGAGGGAGACAGAAAAGGAAUAAUCUCAUUUUUCAUGUUCUAAUAUCAUAUCUUUCUUAUCCAUGGAAUUUGUGUCAACGAUUGUUCAAGUUCAUUCCAAUAUUUCUUGACAUUUUAAUAUAUACAAUCUUUGUAUCUACCCACUAA